AUGGAUACCGACUACCUGUUCCGUCCCGACAAGCCGAUCAAGUUUGCAUUCGCGCCAUCACGACCCGAUUUGUCACCCGCACCACCGGUGAAAUCAAGUCCGCUCAAGCGCAACGACGGCCUUAUGAACCUCAAUGAAACCCUAUGUAGCAGCCCCAACGCGAAACGGCGCAUCUUACACGGCGUGUCGGGUCUUGGAAACGACUUCGCGAGUAUAUUCGACCAGUCACCCGCGCCGCGCAAAGACACAGACGCAGCGCACCAAGUAUAUAACGACCUCGACUCGUUUGACUUCGCGUUACCGGCGACCACAACGCCAAUCCGAAGAGGGACUUCGCUGAGGAGAUCGACGCUCUCUCAGCGAGUGUCCAACACACCGCGACCCAAGCCCGCGUACGACGGCGACUUUGCUCUGCCCGGCCCCGCGGCUUCAAAGACCCGAAACAGGAUGUCUCUGGACAGCUCGCUUGCGCAGAGCACGACACCAGCACAGACACCGUUCCGCACUGGAACAUUCGACGCCAGUCGCAUGGGCCUGCCCCAGGCAGCUCGCGGCAGCUUUGGCAGCUCCACGCCGCACCCUCUCUCGAUGGCACAUACACCAUCAUCGGCCUCGUCUAACGGACGCGGCGACACACCAAUGGCGCCUCCGCGAUCUUCCGUCUUUGGCAUGCCCCAGGCUGCCCCAUCUGCCCCGUCACAGCACUUCUCGCGAUCUCUCCCUCUCGGUGUCGGCCGGCCACAGGGUCCCGGAGGUGAUGCCUUCCCGGAUUCAUUCGACACGCCUUUCAAGGCUGUGCCAGCUCCACCCAUGGCUUUUUCGACCGGUCUCCUCUCGAAGAAGAACCGGAACAUCGACGAGCCAGCCGCCGGCGCAGGCAUCUAUGUCAUGCCUGACACACCAUCCAAGCGACAGUCGUUCCCUCCUGCCGCAGGUGACCGCACUCCAAACUUUGACACUCCUCUUGUCAAGCGCAAGAGCUUGUUUGGCGAGUCGGUGCGACCGCAGCACCAGUUCGGAACACCGAGCACGCCAUUCAGUGCCAACGUGUCCAAGUUCUCCGACAAUUUGGGCAAGCGCGCUGGUAUCUUUGGGAACUCAAACAGCUCCCUUCAGCGACGUGGUAGCUUUGUCAGCAUCGACGGUGAUGACGAUGUGCUGCCCGACAACCAGUCACCCACGGCCAACCGCAUGACAGACAGCCAGUCCAGCGUCGAGGAGAUGCCACCCACCCCUACUAAGCCUAGCGGUGGUUCAAGCAGGCGGUCCAAGGAGAGCAGCUUGCGACGCAAGACUUUCCGAUCGCGCCCAUCCAUUGGCGCCGACACCUUCGCCGCACCCGAGAACGAAAGCAGACCGACCAGUAAGUACUCCUAUCCGAUCCCCGCGAGUCCGCACGACGAUGCCUCCUCAUCAUCAGAUGGAGAAGAGCCCUCAGCGACUGCCGAUUCCCCUACACACGACCUCUCCUUUCCUCGAAGUCGGUUUCUGCGGCAAUCCAAGAAACUCGGACGCCCGUCACCGCUCCCUCGUCGAGCUCCCCGUGUCACACCCCAUAAGAGCGACGCUAAGACAUCAGCAGCUGCCGGAGCCUCAUUCGGUGCACCAAGUCCACAGACUCCAAGCGAGUCCUGUUUCGCAGACUUCGAUGCCAGACUGUCCAUGGCAGGUCGAAGGCGCCCUGACAACCAUCCUUUCGCGCAGAGCUUGAGCGCUCUUGCCCCUGCCACACCGACCACACCCCGCGAGAACCACUUCUUUCACAGUGUGCAGGGUGUCAUCCCCAUCGGUCUCACAAAGAACGAUGUGGAUGAGUCGCUCACUGAGCGCUUCCACGAGGUGAAGCAGCUGGACGGUGGCGAAGGCGAGUUCUCCGUUGUGUACCGUGUCGGCAAGCCUGUGAAGGUCUCACCCGGAAGGUCACCCGCUGGCAGCCAAGUGUGGGUUGUCAAAAAGUCCAAGAAGCCUUACCUUGGCGCCGGCGACCGCACUAGGAAGAUGCGAGAGGUCGAUGUCCUUUAUGCGCUUCGUGGUAACGACCACGUGCUAGACAUCAAGACACACUGGGAGGCAAACUCUCACCUAUACAUCCAGACGGAGUACUGCGAGGGUGGCAACUUGAGGAAGUACCUCGACACCGUCGGCUUCAACAGCAGGCUGGACGACUUCAGGAUCUGGAAGAUCCUCCUGGAGCUGUCAAUGGGUCUCACGUUUAUCCACAACUCUGGAUAUAUCCACCUCGAUCUCAAGCCCGCCAACAUCCUGAUCGACUUUGAGGGUGGUCUCAAGAUCGCCGACUUCGGUCUUGCCAGCUCAUGGCCUGCGCCCAAGCACAUCGACGGUGAGGGCGAUCGUCACUACCUCGCGCCAGAGGCCCUCACCGGUGGUUUCGACAAGCCAGCCGAUGUCUUCGCUCUGGGCAUGAUGCUCGCCGAGAUCGCCGGCAACUGCGUCAUUCCUGAGAACGGCCUCUACUGGCAAAAGUUGAGGUCAGGUGACUUUGACAGCGUGCUGCCCAGCUUGACCUGGAGCGCAGACAGCAGCACCCUCAGCCGCGAUGCGAAGGGCGACCCAAUGCCCGAGAACUCGAGGGCCUCCAUGGAUGGCUUCUUGAUGUCCGAUAUGGACAAUGACUCAAUGUCGUCCAUCACUGCGCGUCCUCACUCGAGCCACGAGGAGGAGUUGCUCCACGCACCUAAGUUCAUGGUGGAGCGCUACAACGAGCAUUCGAUGGACCAUGUCGUCAAGGCCAUGCUCCAUCAAGACCCCACUCAGCGUCCCACCGCUGAGAUGGUGCUACACUGCUUUGGCUGUUCUUGGGUCGCGUCAAGGAGGCGUGCGGGCGCCACAGUCUAUGAAGGCAACUUCGGACCCGGCGAUGAGGUGCUUGACACCUACGCUGGCGAGGCACACCACGACCUCGACGCUGACAUGAUGGACAUGAGCUAG